GAGACGCGACGGAUUUGGCGGCGCGGGAGGCGGCGGCCUCUCUGGGAGCUGCGCUUGUCUGUCUCUCGCGGCCGCCGCUACCCUUGAGGGCCGCCAUGUCCUUGGCGCCGGUGCUGCGGGCUGGCGGGGCCCGCGCGGGACUCAGCUCGCUCAGGGGGGUGAGUAGGAAGGGGGGGGAGGCUUCCCUUGUGGACCCGCCUUUUCCCUCAGAGGAGCUCAAGGUGUCGCCCGCCCUCGGUUCUCCCUCUCCCACAACAACCCUGUGAGGUAGGCUAGGCCCCCCCGGGCUCCCACCCUGCGAGGUGGGCGGGGAGGGAGGAUGGCGAGCAGGCCCACCUCGGGUUGGAAUUGGGGCCGCAUCGCUUUGGUCGACAGAAACCACUGUAGGAAUUAAUGGACUGGAAGCUGCCCCAGCCCCGCCCCCAAGAGUCAAUUUUCUUACCUUUUUAAAACAGCGCUUUGCAGAUUGCUUGUUUUGCUUACUGUAUUUAUAUACCGCCGCAAAGCGGUUUGGGUAAAGGUCAUUGCCAAACGUAAGCAUCCAUCUGGAGAGUUUACAGUAGAUGGCAAACAUUGUCACCCAAGAGGCAUUUUCUGAGGGGGUUUCAGUGUUGAGGGGAUUAUGUUUUUCGUUUCAGGGAAGUAGUGCUUUUAGCUAAGUGCAGAUUUAGGGAAUCUCUUAAUGAGCUUAAGACUCAUGCUUAAAAAACACACACACAUACCGUGGAGUUGUAGGUUUACAUAGAAAAGUCAUUAAGAUGCCUCAGAUAAGGUUGGUAAUAUUGCAAGCAACCCUUGCUCUUUAAUAAUUGUCCUUUUUUAAUAUGAUAUGGAGAGGGGGCAAAGUAGCUGUCAUCUUUGUAACUGAUGUGAAAGGUGAUACUGAUCUCUUGUGUGACAGAAACUUGAGAUUUCUAGUUGGUACCAAUGGUAUUGGUUUGAAAUAUUUAUGUCCUGCUUUAUCUUGAGACAAAAUAAAGUGCUGUUGUCUGAAGACUGUUUGGGGCCUCUGCAGGCUUCCUUGUCAGACGUUGGUGCUCCUACUGAGAAGGCCCUGAUCCUAUUUAGUUCCUGUUGAACUUCAGCUAUUUGGGAGCACAUGUAUCAGAACUUCAGUUAUUGAAGAAGACAGAUAAGACAGUAGAUAGGGGAGAAGGUGGCCCUUAAGGUGUCCAGAACCUAUAGAAAAUUUUGCCUAUAAAGUUGUUGCUGGCAAUAUUUCAGUCAUUGUAUGAUUGUUUGAAUCCAUCUUAAUUUGUGAAUGUGACAAUUGGUGACAUGCUGGUAUUAAUGGUGGAAUCUACACAUAUAUAAAAACCGUUUUGAAAAUGCUUUUUUAAAAGCGUUUUUAGAAAUACAGUGGUGCCUCGCAAGACGAAAUUAAUCCGUUCCGCGAGUAUCUUUGUCUAGCGGUUUUUUCGUCUUGCGGAGCAACCCUAUUAGCGGAUUAGCGCUACUAGCGGUUUAGCGGCUAUUAAAGGCUUAGCGGCUUAGCUGCUAAAAGGCUAUUAAAGGCUUAGCAGCUUAGAAAAAGGGGGGGGAGCGAAAAAAAAUCUCAAGACUCGCAAGACAUUUUCGUCUUGCGAAGCAAGCCCAUAGGGAAAUUCGUCCUGCGAAGUGCAUUGAAAAACGGAAAACCCUUUCGUCUAGCGGGUUUUCCGUCUUGCGAGGCAUUCGUCUUGCGGGGCACCACUGUACAUUGAAUUUUCCAUAAGGCUCACCAUUGCCAUCUUGUGUCACAUUGUAUAUCGCACUUAAAACACAAUUAAAACGUUUUGUUUGCAGCUGUAUAGCUGAGUCCAAUGAAAGGAAGCUCAGUUAAAACUGGGGAGGGCUCUGUUCAUUGUAAGGAGCCAGUGUGAUAUAGUCGUUAGAGUGCUGGACUAAGACCUGGGAGGCCAGGGAUUAAAUCCCCACUCAGCCUCGUAGUUUAGUGGGUGUGAUCCUGGGCCUAACCUACCCCAUAGGAUUGUUUUACAAAUUAAAUGAGAAGCAGCAGAGCCAUGUAUGCCACCUUGAGCUCCUUGAGGGGAAAAGUUGGGAUGCAAUUGCAAUUAAUAAACAAGAAAUAAAUAAUAGUGUUCUGUUGCAUUUCUGAUGAAACCAGUAUAAAGCUAUCUAAUGACGUCUAAUGUUUCUUUUUGAAAAAGUUCUGUCAGAGUUAGGUCAAUACUGUGGUCCCCCCUCCAACCCCCCCCCCCCCACUGUAUGGUUUUGUUGCAUAUAAUGUUAAUAUGGCAGAACAUUAAAUCCUAAAUAUGGUUAAUUCAAUCUGAUUUUCCCCUUCUAGGCAAGGCUUCAUGUGAGUUCCCGGUGCAGCCUACGGUAUAACUGGCUGGCAUAUUUUUUGGGAGAGAGAACUACUCCAAGGUUGAAUGAAUACAGCAAAGUCUUCACGGUGGAUGGCAAUCUACGAAGCGGCAAGGGCAAGCUUGCACAGCAAGUAGCAGAGAAGCUAGGCAUGUACUUCUGUAUUGCUGUUGGAACUCACAUAUAAUUUGUAAACUUUUGGGUAGUGGAAUGCCCUCCUUGGGGGAGGCUCACCUAGUACCACUGUUACAUAUCUUUAGGUUGCAGACAAAAGCAUUCCUCUUAAACUAGGUCUUUGGCUAUUCAAGCGGAGGUGGGGGAUAUUUUUUUUGCACACCCACCCUGUUUCUAUUUAAUUUUUGUAUCGGAGCUUUGAGUGUGAGUUUCUGUUGCUGCUUCUUUGGGAAGCAGCUAUGUAUCAAUGACAGCCCUCUUCAUUCUGGUUGGCUUUUGAUGGCUGGCUCUGGGUUGGAGGGUUCAUUUCAUCUAGGCCUAUUGCACAAUUAACAAAACCAUAGCAAACCAGUUACAAGUUAUAUUUUCUGCGUCAAAUCUACAUACGUUUGGAGACGAAGUGGAACUAUUGCAUCAUUGCAUUUAUAUUCCAUCUUUUUCUCCAAGGAGCUUAAGGUGCAUAGUUCUUCCUCUCUUCAUUUAACUCCCACAACAACCCUGUGAGGCAGUACCUGACCUGGGUCACCUAGUGAGCUUCAUGGCCAAGUGGGUAUUUGACUCCUGUUCUCCCAGGCCCUAGUCUGAUACUCUAACCAUUGUACGACACUGCCUGUCUUUGUAAACAGCAAACCAUCUUUGUUUAUAAAUGUGUGUCUAUGUUUCGGCAAGUGCUGUCUCAGAAGAGAUGUUCCCUAAUACAGUGGUGCCUCACAAGACGAAAUUAAUCCGUUCCGCGAGUCUCUUCGUCUUGCGGUUUUUUCGUCUUGCGAAGCACGGCUAUUAGCAGCUUAGCGGCUAUUAACGGCUUAGCGGCUUUAAGAAAAAGGAAACAAACUCGCAAGAACUCGCAAGACGUUUCGUCUUCCGAAGCAAGCCCAUAGGGAAAUUCGUCUUGCGGAACGACUCAAAAAACGGAAAACCCUUUCGUCUAGCGAGUUUUUCGUCUUGCGAGGCAUUCGUCUUGCGGGGCACCACUGUAUGUGAUGGAGAAGGAGAAAUGCCUUGUAUGAGAAAGUAUCUGUCAGCCCUGUGGAAUUUUGGUUGCUUAUUUUAAGCAUAAUUAAUAACUUGAAGAAUCUGUUGUUAAUCAGAAACACUUUCUAAAUUGACAAAAAAAUUUUUUAAUCAACUUCUAAUAGCCUAGAUAGGGACACGGGUGGCGCGGUGGGUUAAACCACAGAGCCUAGGACUUGCCGAUCAGAAGAUCGGCGGUUCAAAUCCCCGCGACGGGGUGAGCUCCCGUUGCUCGGUCCCUGCUCCUGCCAACCUAGCAGUUCGAAAGCACGUCAAAGUGCAAGUAGAAAAAUAGGUACCGCUCCGGCGGGAAGGUAAAUGGUGUUUCCGUGUGCUGCUCUGGUUCGCCAGAAGCGGCUUAGUCAUGCUGGCCACAACCCCAGAGUUGGUCACGACUGGACCUAAUGGUCAGGGGUCCCUUUACCUUUACCUUUAAUAGCCUAGAUAAUGGGGUCUUAGUGUUAUAUUACACUUUGAUCCAUCCUGAUCCCUCAGGACAUAAGGUGUAUAAAAUAAAUAAAUAUACAACAGUGGCCAUCUGGAGAAGAUGGGAUUUGAGAAGACUAUUUUAAAAACAGAGACCUCCAAUUGUCUUGCAUUGGUUCGCUUCUGAAAAGUAGGUUUGGAAUGGAACUUGGUUGAAGAGUGCUGUGUAGAUAAUGUAAAGAAAGUCCUUGCAUGUGUAUAGAGACGCAAUUGAGCUUGUAUUCUGGAGUGGCUUAAGAUGAACAUCAAUAUCUAGCUUUCCCUUUCAAAUCUUUGAUUGCUCUUUCCAGGUUUGCGAUACUUUCCAGAAGCAGAUAUUCAUUAUGUGGACAGGGUCACAGGAGAUGGAACAAUAUUGGAUUCAAAAUUCAGCGGAAAUUGUAGCCUGGAGAAAUUUUACAGCAGUCCUAAACACCCAGAUGGAAACUCGUAUCGGCUUCAAGCCUGGUUAUUCAGUAACCGCCUCCUACAGUAUUCUGAUGCCCUGGAACACCUGCUGACCACAGGUAAUGUAGUUCCUUUUGUUCCUAAAUAAACUUACUAAUUGAAAUUUGGAUUCUGUUUAGAGAAAAUGUGGCAAAAUGAAAACAUAACUGGGAAUUCACAGAGCAGCAGCCAGCCGUAGUUGGUUCUUCAGUCUUCUUCAACCUGGUGCCCUCCAGAUGUUUUGGAUUACAAGUCUCAUUGGCUGCGGGCUUCCUGGACAUUGCAGAUACCAGGUUGAUGGAGACUAGAACGUUUUAAGAAGCGGUACUUGUGCAAUUGCAACUUGCAUGAUUGAAGACAGGCUGGUUGAAAUUUAGCAAAUUUAAAGGGAAGUUUUCUUUCUGCAGUUCUCUUACUGCACAUAACUGUGGCAUUAUGGGACUAUGAGAACUAUUGCUUCUUUUCUCUUGCAUUCUGGGAAGUCUCGCUCAUAAUCUUUUCUCUGCUUCUGCACAAGAGUCUGAGAAUGUUCUGAACAGUUCCCAUUGAGUUCAUGAAACAGUGUAUCCUGACCUGUUCUUAAUGCAUUGCUGACCACAUAUACGGAACGUGAUUGUUGUAUUCUUUCAUGUUAUGUUCCUUCAGUAUCAAUCUUUAGUUAUAAUUUUAUUCGGAGGUUUCAUGCCUGUCUAGUUCCAGCUCCGUUUCUCAGCCUUUGAUCUAUCAGUGAUAAAUGGUCAUAUGUAAUUCCCGCCUUGUACCUAUGUUAACCAAUCAGCAACAAGUUGCUUUGUGUUUGUAUCAACCAAUCAGCCACAAGCACACCUGUGGCAAUGUUUGUAAUAUUCAGUAAAAGAGAGUUCCCGGGGCUCGCCCCGGGGAGACGCCUCUCAUAUGACACCUACCACUCGUCUGUCGUGAUUUCAACCCAACACAAAUUAAAUGCACACAUGUUUUUUCAGGAGUGAAUAAUAAUAAUAAUAAUAAUAAUAAUAAUAAUAAUAAUAAUUUGUUUAUACCCCGCCCUCCCCAGCCAAGACCGGGGAGAGAAUAAUAAUAAUAAUAAUAAUAAUAAUAAUAAUAAUAAUAAUAAUAUUUUAUUUAUACCCCGCCCUCCCCAGCCAAGACCGGGGAGAUGAUAACAACAACAACAACAACAACAACAACAACUGUUAUUAAGAGCAGUUGAGUUGGAGAUAAAUAGGUUUGGCUCAUUACUAGGCCAAUGGAGUGCCAUUUUGAGUAAACUCCUCUUUAGGGAUAAAAAUGGUUUGGUCUGGUCCUGUUCACAAGUGACACUAAAAGCACCUUGACGACUUACUUUAUGCCAUGAUGAGUGAAUGUUCUUAACACAAAGAUUGCAGCUAAGUUAUUUUAGAACCUGAACUUAAUGCCCCCCAAUAGCUGCCUAUAUUUGCCUAUAUUGACUCAAAAGCCAAGACUGGCAUAGCAAUGGAGAUAUUGCAAGAAAGUGAAAUGAACUCCUUAGAGUUAAAAGAGCUUUUAAACUUUCUACCUUCCUUGCUGGGCUAGGCUUUCUUGGCGUGCUGGCUUUGGAAGCCUGGGGACAGCCCUGUGAGAUCUCAUGAGAGCUCGGAUGGCCCUGCAGAAGCACCCCAGAGCUAACACACUGAGCUGGCCUUGCCUGCUUAAAAGUUCUCUGCCUUGCUUGGUGGGCAAGGCCUGUUUGGUACACGUUUCCAGAAGAGUAAAUAGGGUGGUUUGAGUACGCAUAUUUUGGUGUAUAUAUGCCACCCCUAGAACAUAAUUCCUGUAUAAGAUCCAAUUGUACUGUACUUCUUCAAAGGUAUUUUGAACAAAUAUGAUCUGGAGGGUUGAGUGGUUUGCCAAAGCAGAGCACUGCACUUCCUGCCAACUUUAAGAUACAAUUGCAGGUUCUUCCUGUGAUUAGCAGACCUUGAACAUGUGGGCUUUAGGAUGUAGUGUCAAGAAAUUAAUUAUUGCAUGCAUAAUGCUGCUUUGCAAACUGGGAGAAAAUCAUAAGAAGAAGCAGCGUUGAGGAGCACAAGCUUUAAAUAAAGGUUGCCUAAAUAAAAACUUAGCCUCGCUCUAAGCCCAAACCCCAUAACUUGUAUGAAUAAUAUGUGAUGGUGUUUCUCAUUUUGAAGUUGUGAUCCCUGUUUAACUUCAGGGCAAGGAGUGGUUCUGGAGCGCUCCCCCUACAGUGACUUCGUGUUCUUGGAGGCGAUGUAUAAGCAAGGCUACAUCCACAAGAGGUGUAAGUCAUCGUUUGAAUUUUUUAUUUAUUUAAAAGAUUUAUAACCCAGCCAUCAUCGGUACUGCUUUGGAUUAUGUGGGGCGAGCAAACAAGGCCCGAAUCCUGUUGGAAGAAGGUAGGACUGGAACAGGGGAGCCCAACUCUAAGGUCUCUCUCUCCACUUUUCUCCCAGACCUGAAACUUACCUCCCUCUGCUCUGCCCAUGACCACUGUGGUAUUUGUGUGUGUGUUGGGGGGGGGGUUGUGAUAUAGCAUCAUCAUGUAAGCAGAAGGAAUUUACUGUUGGGUAGGAGUCUCUCCCAACCCUCCCUGGAGAUUCAGGGAAUUGAUCUGGGAUUCCCCCCCCCCCAUUUUUUUUCAAUUCAUUAUAAAUCUUUUCCCAGAAGUCUUUCACCUUGGGACACGUCCACCACAUGUGAAAAAAGUACCUUCUUUCUCUCUAGAUUUCCAACAUGUAUUAUCAUUCAUGUGGUAGAUCUUUGCCAAUUUUACUGGGGUUAAGUACCAUCUAUACAUCAUUUUCAUGAUGUUUUCUUUUAAUAAAGUACAUGCAGUAAACUUAACCCCUUUCUUCCAUAACCUUUCCCAAUCUUCCAACAUUAUAUUAUGUCCAACAUCUCUUGCCCAGUCAGUCAUUACCCAUUUAACUUGUUCAUCCUUUGUAUGCCACUCCAGCAACAAAUUAUACAUUUUAGACAAAUUCUAAACUUUAGUAUCUAACAACUCCGUUUCCAAUUUGGUUUUUUCCGUUGCAAAACCAUUUUUCUUAUCAAGCUUAUACAAUUCAUUAAUUUGAUAAUAUUGUAACCAAUCCACUUUAUCUUUAAUUUGAUCAAAUGGUUUUAAUUUAAAUCCUUCAUUUUCUUCCAACAGUAAAUCCGAAUAUCUCAACCAUUUGUUUUCCAUAUUUAACUUUUUCUGGGCCUUUGUUUCUAUUGGGAAUAUCCACCUGGGUGUUUUCCUUUCUAGGAGAUCUUUGUACCUAAUCCAUACAUUAUAUAGCGCAAUCUGGGACUUUUUACUUGCAAGGCAGCCACACUAUGACCUCUGAGCUAGGCAAUGAGGGAACUCCUUGGCUUGUCCUUGUACAAAGAGUUGCUGUGUUCUUGGUGUGUACUGAUCUAACCGCAUAGCUUCCUGGCUCUUGGGUAGGAGAAUGAGGGAGCAGAGAGAGUUGCAGCAGGAGGAAGGGGACUUGCUGGGUCAUCUGCAAGCGAUUUUUAAUUUUUUGACUCUCCAAAGGUGGUCUCACAGGCACAAUGUGAUACAGGGGGACAUUUCAGUACGCAUCUGCUACAGAGUGGUUUGAAUAGCUGGUGUAAAACUUUCCAUUUUCUCUGCCUGAAACAAGAUGUGCCUUUAGCUGACGAAAGCAUUCUCUUGCUGGCUUUCUUUCUAGGCGUGGAGCACUACGAUACAAUGAAGGAUCUUAGUCUUUCUGAUUUCUUGCCCCCUCACCUGACCAUUUAUAUUGACGUACCUGUCUCAGAAGUAAUGAAAAGGAUUGAAGAGAGAGGCAAGGUAUGCUUGGUUUGGGCGGGCGAAUAAUAUUGUGUUCAAUAAGCCCGCAACUUACACACAUUUAACUUGUGCACAUUCAGCUUUAUCACCUUGGCAAAAUAACAAAUAAAAGAGGUGGAAAGCAAGAGAGUGUACCGGGGGGGGGGGGAUUUUGGCCAUCCCACCGACCAUUGAACCCAGUGUGUUUUGACUACAUGCGAUUUUGGCUUUAGGUGUGAUCCCAGGGUUGUAACCCCCACGUGAGUUGCGGGCUUAGUGUAUUAGUCUGACAAAGAGUGCUGCUUCUCCAGAAGUGUAGAACUUGUGGUGCCUACAAAUCACUUUAGGGUGUGGAAGACUGCCCUCGUAGGAAUAUAUUACGUUUUAACUCUGCAAGUCGGCUUGCUUCCUUAUUUAUAUGAAGCAUUUUUGCCAACCUCUUGGGCUGAAAAGGUUUGCAGAGUGGUUUACAGAAGGCAAUAAAACAAGGCAGUCCAUGCCCUAGGGGCUUAUAAUUAAAACAUACAAGGCAAAAGGAAAAGGGGAUGAGGAGGGAAGAGGAAAACAAGCAAACCCAGACACACUUUGUUAAAGUUGCACGGUUUCUUCUUACAAUGGCCAGGUGGAAUGGGAACAUUUCAGGGUGGGGGAGAGGAGCUGAUCUCAGCUGAGUGGAAGGAAUGAGUGGUUCCACUUCCAUCUCCUUCUGCUCUAGCAGAGUGGGGAGAACCAUGUAUGCCAUCUUGAGUGCCUUGGAGGAAACGGUGAGGUAGGAAAGCAGUAAAUAAAUAAUAAUGUUACAGAAGCGUCUUGUGGUGUGACUUUUCGUCCCUCCCCUACUGGUAUUACUAAAGGGCAAGAGGGAAGGACCUUCCUGUUCAAGUGCAUCUUCUGACUUUGAUCAGCACUGCAUUGAUACAAAUACUCAACUUUAUAAUUCUGAAGCCUCUCUGGAAUUUCUAGAUGUUAUAAUAAAGGUGAUAGUUAAAUGACUUUAGCUGGUCAAAUGAAUAAAGCAGCAGUAGCUUCAGUCACAUUGAGUUUGAAUGUGUGAUUUUAUUUUAUUUUAAAGCUGUAUGAAAAGAAAGUAUCACCUGCGUAUCUUCAGAGCAUUGAAGAUGGCUACAAGAAAUCUUUCCUGCCUCAGAUAAGGUUAGUACGUGUUCACACGAAACAAGCACAGUUUAGUAAAACUGCUGUACAUCAGCAGCUUUGUGUCAUACUGUUUGUAUUCUGGUUUUUAAUGUACGAUUGGCCUUUUAAAUUACAGUGCAAAUCUCAGCUUUGCUCUCUGUCAAAGAACUGAAAGAAAAGAACUGGAUUGUGCUUCCCUCUUGGGUGUUUCCAUUCUGAUCUGUCUUAACCCUCUUUGCUCUACUUUCUAUGCCUUGUGCCAACCUUGCCAGGUUCACAUCUGGCUGCACUCUUUUUGCCCCAUUUCAAUUUGCUUCUGGACUUCUACUCCCACAUCUUCAGGUGUGGCCUGUCUUAGUUGGUUCUUCAUCUUCACACUGCAUUUGUUUUUGCCCCCUUCUUGUCCUGUCCAAAUCUACAUCUUCUUAAUUUUGCUUUCCAAACAACUCAAUUUACACAUUCUUUUCCGCCACAUUAUUUCAGACACUUCCACUUACCUUUGAAGAGAUUAACUUAAUUACUUCUUUUUUAAAAAUUCUGUUUUGCUGCACCUUUCUGUUUCUGCUGUGGAUCCUCCACCUUCCCAGAUUCUUAACUCCUGUACUUGCUUAACCCAUUUCAACAAGGGAUUUCUUACUUUUAACUAAUAUUUUGUUUCUUGUAUGUUUUUAGGCUAUCGUUCUGCAAGUUGGAAUUUAUUUAAUAAAACAAUUUAUAUCUCGCCUUUCUGUGUUAUUGAAAACAUUCAAGGCAUAUUUAGUUGUUCUUGAUUCCUGCAUUGCUGGGGGUUGGACUAGAUGACUCCUGGGUCCCUUCCAACUCUACAAUUCUCUGAUUUUGUAGCUUUUCCCUUCCGUAUUUAUUUCUUUAUUCCUUAUAAAAAUGUUUAUGUACCACUACGUCAUAAAAAAAGUUAUCACAGAAGUUAAACAUAAAGCCAUACAAUAAAAGUCAUAAAGAAGUUAAAAGCAGACAUCAGUUAACCAUUGUGGAGGGAUGUGUUCUUAAUUGCCUGCACAGGCCUGGUGGCAUAGAAAAGUUUUCAACGGGCAUUUAAAAGUUGGCACAGAAGGUGCUUGCUGAAUCUCUAGUGGCAGGGCAUUCCACAAGACUGGGCCAAUGACACUAAAGGCUCAGCUUGUUGUCAAACGAGCCUCACCAAAAUCUGCGAUUACAGCUGUGUCUCUCAGCCGCUGCCGCCCUCCACCCCACCCUCUCCCAAGCAUGUUGUUGUUGAAAGGUUGUUGUGUUACCCCAGAGGUGUCCUGCUGCCCCUCCAGAAUCCAUUCUCAUCUCCUGCAGUUCUGGGAUAUGGCACAUUCUGUAGCAACUCCAUGACAUACAUGCAGUAUGUGAUUUGGGGGUUGCCUCUUGUUUCCCGAGACCAUAUAACACUGGUCCUGAAAGAUCUUCAUUGGCUCCCAGUACGUUUCCGAGCACAAUUCAAAGUGUUGGUGCUGACCUCUAAAGCCCUAAAGAUCAUCGGUCCUAUAUACCUGAAGGAGUGUCUCCACCCCCAUCAUCCAGCUGAGGUCCAGCGCCGAGGGCCUUCUGGUGGUUCCCUUGCUGCGAGAAGUGAGGUUACAGGGAACCAGGCAGAGGGCCUUCUCGGCAGUGGCGCCUGCCCUGUGGAACGCCCUCCCACCAGAUGUCAAGGCAAUAAACAACUAUCUGACUUUUAGAAGACAUCUGAAGGCAGUCCUGUUUAGGGAAGUUUUUAAUGUCUGACGCUGUAUUGUUUUUAAUAUGCAGUUGGGAGCUGCCCAGAGUGGCUGGGAAAACCCAUCCACAUGGGCCGGGGUAUAAAUAAUAAGUUAUUAUUAUUACUAUUACUAUUACUAUUACUAUUACUAUUACUAUUACUGUUACUAUUACUGUUACUGUUACUGUUACUAUUAUUAUUUUCCUCCAUAUCAAAUAAAGUGAUUUAAUGUUACCUUGUUUCCUUCUAGUGAGACUUCUGAGGUCUUGCAAUAUACCACAAGCGAGGCUGAACAUGUGGAAAAAGUAAGUUGCCUUGAGCUGUCUCUCUCUUUGUGUGACCUCUUUUGCAGGAUCCCUUCCAUUGCUCUGAUGGUGGUGGAGGCUGCUUGUGUGUUUAUUGUCCAUCUUUCCAGCUUUGCUUUGUCAGGUUCAGGAAGGAUGAAAUAAAGUGGGCAUGUUCAGAGAAGUGCAGCUAGACUAGCAGAGCAAGCCGUUUGCAACACCCCCUGCCUGCUCGAUCUAGCCAGGGCGGGUGUGUGUGUGUGUGUGUGUGUGUGUGAGUGAGAGAGAGCGAGAGCGAGAGAGAUAUUUCUCCUUUAUUCCAUUGUAUUUCCUCCCUCUUGGUUUCUGUGGAAGUGGGAGUGAACUAACUGCAUCAGCUGGAAGCUGACAGGUCUUUGUGCAACAAGCCUUUCAAGUAGGGAAUUUCCCAGUCUGCAUCUAUAUCAGAAUUGGUUUUUGGAUGUUUUUAUUGUUUUAUCAAUCUGUCAGGGAUUCUUUAGCUGUGAUUCCUGCAUUAUAGGGGGUUGGAUUAGAUGACCCUUGGGGUUCCUUCCAGCUCUGCAGUUCUAUGAUUUUAAGAAAAGCAAUGUGGCCGUCCCUGGGGGAAGGGUUGCAUUAAGCUUACAAAAGGCCUUGGAUUCUUGGUGUGUUUUAUCACACAUGCACCUUCACCUCUUCCCCUGGAGUAUUGGGGGAGCUGUAGGAAGUAAGUGGCAAGAAUCUGUCCCUCUGACUUCCAGUGAGGUUCAGAGGAGAGUGUCCUUUCCCCUGCAAGUGAUCGAAGGGAGAGCUCAUGGCUGAAUGGAAGAACACCGCUUUUGCAUGCUGAAGUUCUCAGAUGGCUUCCUUGGUGAUACUGCAGUGGCGUCUAUGCUAUGAAGUUAUUAAUAUUGUGCUUUAUUAUUUUUCUGUGCGUGUGAUUCUGAACUGUUAGCCACUUUGUGUUCCCACUGGGAAGGUAGGCAAAUCACAGUAUGAUUGUGUCUUGUGGUGGGGGCAUUCCAUUCCAGGGAUGGCACAUAGAUGCAAAAACGUAUAUAUCUGAACUAAUCCCUUGGAACUGCCCCCUACACAGACCAUCCUUACCUUCUAAGCAAGGCAGAGAUUUGAUUGUACUGUAAACCAAAAUAUGGGGGGGGGGGGGUGAGUUACAGGAUAUUGGCUUGCUGGGAACAGGAAUUGCUCAACCUCUCGUUUCCUUUCUAAUCACCUUGCCUGAACUCUGCACUUAAUGGAGUUCCUUGUUGCAGAUUUUAGACCAGGCAUCCCCAACCUUCGGCCCUCCAGAUGUUUUGGACUACAAUUCCCAUCAUCCCUGACCACUGGUCCUGCUAGCUAGGGAUCAUGGGAGUUGUAGGCCAAAACAUCUGGAGGGCCGCAGGUUGGGGGUGCCUGUUUUAGAUUUCCCACCGCAUUUCAUUCCAGUUCGUUCUCCAGGUUAAGCUGAUUUUUAAAAACCCAUCUAAACUCCGUACUUUAACGUCUGUGGUGCCGCAUUUACCCCUUGGUCACCUUGGCCUUGCAGCCUUGUGGUAGCAGAGAAGCUCAGAUGUCCUUGUGGAGAGCUGGCUGGUUGCAUUGAUGCUAAUCCUUUUCUCUUGGCAGGUGAUAGAAGAUAUUGAGUACCUGAAGUUCAACAAGGGACCUUGGCCCGAACAGGACGACGUCUCUUUUCAUCACUUGAGGGUUCUGUAAGGAUGGACUUUCUAACUAGUCUCCUUUCAUGUUGCAUCUCUUUCUACAGAAGCAUCUCAGAGCCGCCUCCUGCUGUGGAGCGUGGCACAGCUUUAAUGUUUCAGAAUUGAAUACAUACAGCAGUGUUUCCUAUAUAUUGGAUUAUUAUUUUUUCCCCCAAUGCAAAAUUACAACAAAAAUUACAAACAUAAAAUCCAAAAGAAGAAGAAGAAGAAACCCAAAACAAAACCAUACCUACAAAGAAAACCAUGCCAUCAUAAUAAUCUUUACGUACAUAUUGACUUCCUUCCUCUGUUUUGAGACCUCAAAAUUUUUAAUCUUUCUGAAUUGUUGUCUAAUGUAAAUUACCUCUAUCUUUAUACCUUUUGCACCAUUUUUCAAUUUCUUUAACCCUGCAAAGCUUCAUUCGUUACAUACUGAUAUUCAAUGUUUUUUCUUAUAUUCUUUAACACAAUCCCAUUCUUUUGCUAAUUUUUGGUCUGAUUGUCCCCUUAAGAAUGCUGUGAAUCUUGCCAGAUUUAUAUAUUCACAAAGUUUAAUUUGCCUUUCUUUUAUUGAUGGGAUUUCCCCCCCUCCCAGUUUUUUGCUAUGAGCAUCCUGGCAGCUGUUGUCGCAUAGAGGAAAACUUUCCUUUGAUUGCCAGGAAUAUCGUUUGUAAUUAUUCCUAAAAGGAAUACCUCCUGUUUUUUACUAAAAGAUAUUUUAGACAUCUUUUUGAUUUCUUCAUAUAUUUCAUUCCAAAAUUGUUUAAUAGGUCGGCAUUCCCACCACAUGUGAAACAUUGUUCCUAUUUCUUUCUUGCAUCUCCAACAGGUAUUUGAUUUAUAAAUUUUUGCCAAUUGGAUUAUCAAGGCAUACUCUUGAUAUAUUUUUAUUUUUUUAUCUAGGAUUGAAGUUGGAGGUGCUUCACAGUGGGGAUUGCCUUCCCCUCAGGGGAUGCUAACCUUGGUUUUUUAUGCCCUCUGAUUAGCAGCCAAGAGCAAUGACUUGCAGAGGUGCAGUGGGCCUCUCCUAUGGACAAUACAGCUGCAUUUCUGUGCCCUAGUUAAUGGGCCACUCAGUUGCUAGGUAGAGAUGCCCACCCUGUGCAGAGGCAAAGCAGAGUAGUGACUCAUGCAGAGAGGCAGCAAGCACCCUUUGAAGCUGGUACUUAAUUCAAGCCCAAGCCGAGAAAGGAGAAAAGCUGCCUGUCUAUCCUGCUCUGUGGAACUCUGGCCUGCUUUUGGGUGAGUGGGUGGGUGGUAAACUCUGACGUUGAUAGAUUGAAAGGAGCAUCUUAUCUCCUUACCCCCCCCAAAAAAACCUGCCAUUUUUCUCUCUCCUCCCCUCCCCCCCAGUGUGAAUCCCCAAAGCUGCUGCCUUUUCAGUAAGCAUAACCAAGUUGCUGUUGUUAUUUUUUGCAUGUUAGGGCACAGGACAAGUACAGUGUGAUCCUUCCCACUACUCUCCCUUUCUACAUACCUGAAAUCACAGUGGGAGGCCUCGAUGCUGACAAAGCGUUUACUGAAUACAAGGAGGUAAGAGGAGAACAUUCAGUGGUGGUACAGCAAAAUGUAAUUUUGGAAGGUGGCAGAAGAGGAACUCCCAAGAGACAUCCUGCAUAUUUAAGGUUUAAGGUCCAGCAUGCUGGUACUUUUUCAUGGUGAUGGGCUGUGAACCUUCAUCUUGUCAAUGUUCUUUUGGUUUUAUGCUCGGAUACUUCAGGUGCCUUGUACAUACCACCCGUCUUUUUCAAUUCAGCAAUUUUUAAAAUGAGGUUGUUUGAUCCUCAGCUCAGCUUUUAGAUCUGUAGCCUGAGAGAGGUGGUAUUUUGCACACACAAAAAUGUACAACUGGAAAAAUUGGAAAAGUGGUAUAAUACAGAGUGGCUUGCCAAAUUAUUGGAGUAUUACAAUACAUCCAUAUCGGAAGGAUCUCAAAAGAGAAGAUAGACAAGGACUGGAAGGUGUUUAAAGGAUAUUUGCAAAAUCAUAUUGAAAAAUCAGAACUCCUAUUAGAAUAAAUAAGUUCCGUUAUAAAUACUGAAAUACUAAAUAAGAUGGGUAACAAUGUGCAACAGAAAAAGAAGUAGAAAGUUGGUUUAAAAGUGUGUGAAAGAAAGUAAUAGAAGUGGAAAGAAAUUGCAGUUGAGUAGAUUGGAAGUCUAACACAAGGGUGGGGUGAGGGAUGGUGGUGGGAAAAGUAUGUGUGGGAUAGAGUGUGGGUAUGUAUGAAUAUUUUUAAGGAUUGUAUAAAAUGUAUGUUUGUUUGUAUAUUUGUAAUAUGUUUUAAUGUUGAAUUAUUUUAAUAGAAUGAAUGUAAAAAAUGUUUUUUUUAAAUGUACACUGUUAUGAAACAAUAACUUGUGCCCAAUCCCCCCCAAGAAUUCUGAAACUUGCAGUUUUCUUAAAAAGGAUUCUCUGGAGAUCUGCAGCUGCGGUUCUUCAUACAGCACUUAAACUUUGGCUGUCCCACAGGAGGCAGUGAUGGCCACCAACUUAGAUGGCUUUAAAAGAGGAUUAGAGAAUUUUCUGAAGGAAAGGACUGUUGAUGGCUUGCUAGCUAUGCUCUGCCUCCACAGUCAGAGACAACAAUGCUUCUGAAUGCCAGUUGCUGGGAACCACAGGAGGAGAAAGGGCUUUCAUUCUCAGAUCCUGCUUGCAGGCUUCCCAUAGAGGCAUCUGGCUGGCCACUGUGAAAACAGGAAGCUGGACUAGAUGGGCCAUUGGCCUGAUCCAGUAGCCAGGCUCUUCUAAUAUUCUUAUGAGAGAACCAGAGAGGAGAGGGAAUGGCUAUCAGUCCAUUAUAAGUUUGCGGGGUCAGUGUUUUCCACAGCCUGCUAAAAAAACAUAGGGUUAUGUUGAAAAACUGUGUUCAGUUCUGUUUGCCAUCCUCCAAAGGGCUCUGAAAGGGCAACCAAAAUAUCAUGAAGCUGGAACAGCUCCCUAUGAAGGAUGGCUACCACCUCGUGCCCACGUGGUCGGGCUUUUUCCAAGGAGAAAGGAACAUUUUAUUAUGACAACACACUUAAGAAGUGUGUGUGUGUGUGUGAUGAGAACAUGGCAAGAGGUGCAUAAAACCAUGCAUAGUAUAGAGAAAGUGGAAUGAGAGCAGCUUUCUCUGCCUCUCAUAUAAUGCUAGAACCUAAUGGGGUCAUAAGAGAUGCGGGUGGCGCUGUGGGUUAAACCACAGAGCCUAGGACUUGCCGAUCAGAAGGUCGGCGGUUCGAAUCCCGGCAACGGGGUGAGCUCCCGUUGCUCGGUCCCUGCUCCUGCCAACCUAGCAGUUUGAAAGCACGUCAAAGUGCAAGUAGAUAAAUAGGUACCGCUCCGGCGGGAAGGUAAACGGCGUUUCCGUGCGCUGUUCUGGUUCGCCAGAAGCGGCUUAGUCAUGCUGGCCACAUGACCCGGAAGCUGUACGCCGGCUUCCUCGGCCAAUAAAGCGAGAUGAGUGCCACAACCCCAGAGUCGGCCUCGACUGGACCUAAUGGUCAGGGGUCCCUUUACCUUAAUGGGGCCAUGCAGCAAAGCUAAACUUUGGAGAAGCCGAAGGAAGAACUUUUUAAUGCUGUGCCGCCACCGUGGAAUUGGCUCUCACAAGAUGUCGUGGCAGCCACCACCUUUGAAAAGGGAAUUGUUUAUGGCUACGAGCCACAGCGACAAUAUUCUUCUGCCUGUUUUCCUGGAGUCGGUAUGCCUCUGAAUGUCACUUGCCGGGAAUCUAAAGUUCAGGAGAAAACGGCUGUGGCACUCGGGUCUCCCUUCCCAUAGCCACCUGGCUAGCCACAGUGGGAACAGGAUGCUUUGGCCUGAUCCAGCAGGCCUGCUCUUAUGUUUUCAGGGGAGUGAUGACAAGAGUGAAGCUGUGCCCUUAUCCUCAUGGAUCUUCUGUGCUUUCUACUGCAGCUUCCUGGACGUAAAUACGAACAAGGCUACAACGCUGAGGCUGGCGACAAAUGGAUCUGGCUGAAAUAACGGGUUGGUGGAGCUCCUGUUAUCAGCCUGCCUUUUGUGGGUGAUGCCUGAAGCUGGACCGACACGACCAGGUCAUUGUCGAAUGACCUUGAAAAGAACGAAAUCUAAAUCGCCUCCCAUGCAAAGUAAUUCUCAACUGAAUCCCAUUAGGAAGACUGAUAAGUGAUUGGCAUGGCAGGUAGGCAUGGCCCUGGGAAUGUGGUCUUAUCAUCAGAAUGGUGGCUGGUCCAGGAGCUUGGCUGGAUUUCGAUGAAAUAAAACCCUUUACUCGUGCUAUUUUCUUGGUGAGCAUUUUUCUUUGCACAGCACAUAGUUAAACUAUGGAACUCGCUCCCGCAGGAAGUGGUGUUGGCUGUCAACUUGGAAGGCUUAAAAAGAGAAUUAGACACAUUCAUGGAGCAGAGGGCUAUCGAUGGCAGCCAGCCACAAUGCCUGCAUAGUCGGAGGCAGCAAUGCUUCUGAAUUCCAGCUGGUGGAAACCACAGGAGGGGAAAAUGUGAUUGUGUUUGAAUCCUGCUUGCAAGUUUCCCAGAAGAGGCAUCUGGUUGGCCACUGUGAGAACAGGGUGCUAGACUAGAUGGGUCCGUGGCCUGAUCCAGCAGCUUCUUCUGUGUUCUUUCAGCAGGUUGUAUGUGCAGUUACCUGAAGGCCCAGUCUGGCUCAGGAAGAAUAGUGUGCAAUCUCAGAGUAGAUUGCUAGAUUUCUCUUCUAGUGCCUGUGGUCUGUUGUCUUAGAAGUGGCUGGGCUGUGUCUUUUUUUUUUUUUUUUUAGGAUGAAUGUGCCAGGGAGGGCUUGAAAAAUGACCAGUUCCCUCUAUCCUCAUCCAAACGUUUUCUUAGUGAGCAUUUCUCACUUUUUCCUGCAUUGGUUACUUCCAGACUGGAACGCUGCAAUGCCCUCUGUGUGGGGCUUCCCUUGCGCUUGAUCUGGAAGCUGUAGUUAAUGCAGAAUGCCGCAGCACGAUUGCUGACAGAGUGAGGCCUUGUCAGCAUAGAACACCUUUGCUCAGAGAUUUGCACUACUUGCAAGAUCACAUUAGCGCAUAGAUACCCACUCAAUUGACAGAACUGGCACUGUUACAGGUUCCAUAUAAUACUCAUUUCGUAUUUGUAAGAAAUUAAUUUUUUAGUGUGGCAGCGGCUACACUCUGGGAUUCCCUGCCAUUUGAUAUCAGGCAGGUGCUUCCACUGUACUCUUUCUGGUUCUGUGCCCAGAAGAUUUUUAUUUAGACAAGGCUACCCAGACAUGUAGAAUAUUGCUAUAUGUUUUAAUCUGUUUUCAAUUUAUUGUUUUGCUUUAGGGUUUUUACUAGUAAUUAUUUUAUUUCAUUCUGUUUGUAAAUUGCUUGGAGGUUUUGUUUUGUUUUUAAUGAUCAAACGGUGCAUAGUUUUUAUGAAAUAAUAAACAGAGGAGAGGCU